AUGAGCAGCCAUCAGACAGUAAAAAUCUUCAAGAAAUCUUCUAUCCCAGGAGUUGUUGUCACUCAGUUUGUGAAUGAUGUUCCAGAAGGAUGCAGUACACCUGAUUUUGAGAAGAAACCACUCACUCUGACACUGCAGGAAGGUAAAGAUGCCAUUUUCAGAGCUGUGGUCAAAGGUGUCCCAGCUCCUGAGGUGAAAUGGUCACGUACACAGAAAGGAAUGGAUGAUCCUGCCAAAUAUCAAAUGUCCUUCAAUAGUGCUACAAAUGAAUUCAUUCUGCAGAUCAAGAGCCUGGCCCCGGGGGACAGUGACUUGUAUCGCUGCUGUGCUGUCAAUGCCUACGGAGAGGCCUCGUGCUCUGCUGGCCUCAGGAUCCUCCAAGUUGGCUUUAAGAGGAAAGCAAAAUAUGUUCCUGUUCAUGCUGCUGAUGAGCUCAAGAAGACACUCCAGGACUCCAGGAAGAUGCUGAGGAAGAGGGCUGCAGCACCAAAACCAAAGCCCCUGGACAAAGAAGCUGUGUGGCAGCUGCUGCUGAAUGCAGAUAGGAGAGAUUAUGAGAAAAUCUGUAUAAAAUAUGGAAUUGCUGACUUCCGUGGGAUGCUGAGGAAGCUGCAGGAGAUGAGGAAAGAAACAGAGAGUGAACAAGACAAGUUAGUUCACAGUCUCAAAAACUUUGAACACAUCAGAGUCAACAAGGAGGGAAAUGCUACGUUCAGCCUGGAGAUGGAGCUGAAAAACAGCAACAGCAACGUUUACCUGCUCAAGGACGGCGAGCGGCUCCGCUAUGGGACCGGGGACGAGUACAGGAAGCACGGCCUGCGGAGGGUGGGCAGGCGCUACUGCUUCACCAUCCACGACGUGCAGCCCGAGGACGCGGGCGUCUACCAGGUCAGGGUGGAGGACGUCCCUGUCUUCUCAACAGAACUGGAUGCUCAAGCCAUCCCGGCGCGGUUCCGGCAGCCGCUCUCCGACGUGCGCUGUGCCGAGGCCGGCGACGCCGAGUUCCAGUGUGUGCUGUGCACGCCCUGCCACCAGCCCCUGUGGCUGCACAAAAGCCGCCCCCUCCAGGCCAGUGACAAGCACCAGAUCUCUGUGACCCCCGACGGCCUGAGCCACAAGCUGACCGUGAGGAACGUGGGGCCCUCGGACAGCGGCCUGUACACGCUCGACGCGGGACAGGGCUCCUCCAGCGCCUGGCUCCUCGUGGAGUAUGCCAAAGGAAAGAGGAGUCAGGAUGAAGAAGAAAAGAUUGUAAGGGAAACAUCUGACUGGCUGAAAGAAACAAUGGCAGACAACGAAAGGGCGAGGAAGCUUCGGCGCCAGGAACAAGCUGCUGCUGAAGAGCGUGCUUCCUUCUCCACAUCCUCUGCUGGGGAGAAAAGUGGCUGGCGCAGAACAGGUCAAGGCAGCAGCCAAGGCAGGGGCCAAGCACACUCCCUUGAUUCUGGAGAUGGAAGCCAAAUUUUUUUGGGAAAAGAAGGGCUACGCAAAACCCACAUGAAUGGAGAGAUGGGGCCUGGGCAGUUUCCUGGAGCAGAUCUAGAUGGAGACUCAGUAGUCAAUGAUGGCAGCAUCUUUGGACUGAAAGGGGGCAGAAGUGGGUUAAGGGCUGUCCAUGGCAUGGACUCUGUGUCAGGCACUGCAGGUCCUGGUGGUGCAGGAGGAGGGGCAGGUGAACGGAAUUCUGUAGAUGGCAGAGGUGAAGGUUUGCUGAGUGCUGUUGACAUUGACAUGGGUGAUGGAGAAGGUUUGGGCUCUCAGCAUGACAAGGAUGGGAAUUUAGGUGAUGCCAGUUACAGAGCUGGUUUUGGGGGUGCUGGAAGGUUGGGUGGUGGAAGUUCUGUGCCAGAUGGGCUUGAUCCUGAUUCAACUGGAGUGGGAGCUAGUGUGGGUGAUCUGUUCAGCAGGACUGGUCCAGGAACUGGAGCUGUGGGGAAUGCUGCAAGUGCUGGAAUGGCAGGAGGAUUGUGGUCCCACCAUGGCAAGGAUGGGCAUGCCACUGUGGGUGAUAUGAAUGGAGCAGGUAUAAACAGAGAGAGACAAACAGGGACUCCCUAUGGCAAGGAUGGCCUGACACCUCAUGCCAGUGGUCAGUUAGGGCAGACAGGAAGAUCUGGCUCAUUGUAUGGGCCAGGAGGCCUUUCAGGUGGAGAUGGAGCUAUACCUGGUAGAGGUGGCAAUGCCACAGGAGAAAUGGAGGCUUUGUAUGGUCCAGACGGUCAGGCACUGGGAGCAAGUGCUGGUGGUGCUGGUGGAGUUGGUGCAGGGGGAUUUGGGUCUCCCUAUGGAAAGGAUGGUCUCCCAGCUGGGGCUGGUUUUGGUGGUGUUGGUGCAGGGGGACUUGGAGCUCCCUAUGGGAAAGAUGGUCUUCCAAUUGGAGCAGGUGCUGGUGGGGCUGGUAGUGCAGGGGGACUUGGAUCUCUCUGUGGGAAGGAUGGUCUCCCAGCUGGGGCUGGUGGUGCUGGUGCUGGAGGAUUUGGAGAGGCUUUGUAUGGUCCAGAUGGUCGGCCACUUGGGGCAGGUGUUGGCGCUGGUGCUGGUGCAGGGGGAAUUGGAGCUCCCUAUGGGAAGGAUGGUCUCCCAGCUGGAGCAGGUGUUGGUGGUGCAGGAGGAUUUGGGGAGGCUUUGUAUGAUGGUCGGCCACUUAGAGCAGGUGUUGUUGCUGGUGGGGGUACUGGUGCAGAGGGAUUUGGAUCUCCCUAUGGGAAGGAUGGUCUCCCAGCUGGAGCUAGUGGAGCUGGUGUAGGAGGACUUGGAGAGGCUUUGUACGGCCCAGAUGGUCGGCCGCUUGGAGCAGGUGUUGGUGGUGCUGGUGCAGGGGGAUUUGGAAUUCCGUAUGGAAAGGAUGGUCUGCCAGUUGGAGCAGGUGCUGGUGGGGCUGGCGGUACAGGGGGUUUUGGAUCUCCCUAUGGGAAGGAUGGUCUCCCAGCUGGAGCUGGUGGAGCUGGUGUAGGAGGACUUGGAGAGGCUUUGUAUGGUCCAGAUGGUCGGCCACUUGGAGCAGGUGUUGGUGCUGGUGCUGGUGCAGGGGGAUUUGGAUCUCCCUAUGGGAAGGAUGGUCUGCCAGUUGGGAGUGGUGGUGGUGCAUGGGGUGUUGGAGGUCCCUAUGGGAAGGAUGGUCUCCCAGUUGGAGCUGGAGGAGCUGGUGCAGGAGAGGCUUUGUAUGGCCCAGAUGGUCGGCCACUUGGAGCAGGUGUUGGUGGUGCUGGUGCAGGGGGAUUUGGAAUUCCGUAUGGAAAGGAUGGUCUGCCAGUUGGAGCAGGUGCUGGUGGGGCUGGUGGUACAGGGGGAUUUGGAUCUCCCUAUGGGAAGGAUGGUCUCCCAGUUGGGAGUGGUGGUGGUGCAGGGGGUGUUGGAGGUCCCUAUGGGAAGGAUGGUCUCCCAGCUGGAGCUGGUGGAGCUGGUGUAGGAGGACUUGGAGAGGCUUUGUAUGGCCCAGAUGGUCGGCCACUUGGAGCAGGUGUUGGUGGGGCUGGUGCAGGGGGAUUUGGAUCUCCCUAUGGGAAGGAUGGUCUCCCAGUUGGAGCUGGUGGAGCUGGUGCUGGAGAGGCUUUGUAUGGCCCAGAUGGUCGGCCACUUGGAGCAGGUGUUGGUGCUGCUGAUUCUGCAAGUGCCACGGGAAUUGGAGCUCCUUAUGGAAAGGAUGGUCUGCCAGUUGGAGCAGGUGCUGGUGGGGCUGGUGGUGCAGGGGGAGUUGGGGAUCCCUAUGGAAAGCAUGGUCUCCCAGCUGGAGCAGGUGUUGGUGGUGUUGGUACAGGGGGACCUGGAGCUCCCUAUGGGAAGGAUGGUCUCCCAGCUGGAGCAGGUGCUGGUGGGGCUGGUAGUGCAGGGGGAUUUGGAUCUCCCUAUGGGAAGGAUGGUCUCCCAGUUGGAGCUGGUGGAGCUGGUGCUGGAGAGGCUUUGUAUGGCCCAGAUGGUCGGCCACUUGGAGCAGGUGUUGGUGGUGCUGGUUCUGCGAGCGCCAGGGGAAUUGGAGCUCCCUAUGGAAAGGAUGGUCUGCCAGUUGGAGCAGGUGCUGGUGGGGCUGGUGGUGCAGGGAGUGUUGGAGGUCCCUAUGGAAAGGAUGGUCUCCCAGUUGGAGCAGGUGCUGGUGUUGGUGGUGCAGCAGGUGUUGGGGGUCCCUAUGGAAAGGAUGGUCUCCCAGUUGGAGCUGGUGUUGGUGGGGCUGGUGGUGAAGGGGAAGUUGGAUCUCCCUAUGGAAAGGAUGGUGUACCAAUUGGGAGUGGUGGUGGUGGUGGUGGUGCAGGGGUUGUUGGGGGUCCCUAUGGAAAGGAUGGUCUCCCAGUUGGAGCUGGUGUUGGUGUUGGUGGUGCAGCAGGUGUUGGGGGUCCCUAUGGAAAGGAUGGUCUCCCAGUUGGAGCUGGUGGUGGUGUAGCUGGUGGGGCAGGGAGUGUUGGGGGUCCCUAUGGAAAGGAUGGUCUGCCAAUUGGAGCAAGUGCUGGUGUUGGUGGUGCAGCAGGUGUUGGGGGUCCCUAUGGAAAGGAUGGUCUGCCAGUUGGAGCAGGUGCUGGUGUAGCUGGUGGGGCAGGGAGUGUUGGGGGUCCCUAUGGAAAGGAUGGUCUCCCAGCUGGAACUGGUGUUGGGGGUGCAGCAGGUGUUGGGGGUCCCUAUGGAAAGGAUGGUCUGCCAGUUGGAGCAGGUGUUGGGGGUGCAGCAGGUGUUGGGGGUCCCUAUGGAAAGGAUGGUCUCCCAGCUGGGGCUGUGGCAGGAGCUGCCCGUUUUCCUCUUGGAGGUGAGGAAGCGAUGGGAUUGGGCCGUGGCACGGAUGCCACGCUGAGCAGAGCUCCGGGGUAUGCAGGUGGAGCAGGAGGAGGGGGCUUUUCCAGGGAAGGCUCUGCCCUGUGGGGUGCAGGGUCUCCCUAUGGCGAGGACAGAGGGUCAGGUGUAGCCACAGCUGGUGCAGGUGGAGCUGGGAGGCCGGGAGGGGAUGGAUGGGAUUCAGUCAGUGGUAAAGGAGGUGUGGGAGCUGCUGGUGGCCCAGGAGGAGAAUAUGGGCUGGAUGCACAUCUUGGCAGAUCUUUGAGAGCUGAAACUGGAAAGGGUGCUGCCAGUGAUGUCAGAGGGCCAGGGAACAAAGGUUCAGCUGGUGACAGAGGGUCCCUGUCAGGUCCAGGAGGAGCCAGGGGAGAGGGAGGAGAUUUCACACAGUUGGGCUCCCUUUACUCUGCCUUUGGAGAGGCAGGGAGUAAAUCCCAUGACAGAUCUGUUGACGGGAGUAGCUCAGGUGGGUUUGGUCAAGGUCCACUGAGUUAUGGCCAGGUGUCAGGUCCUUUCAGUGGACCUCCUUCAGCAAACCAGAGAAACCAGGAACCUGACCUGGAUCUUAAAGCAAAUGAUUCUCUGAACAAGACGGAAAGCAAACAAAAGAGACGGAGUGUCCUGGAUGAUAUCAAAGUCCCACGCUGUUACCUCAACAAGCAGCUGGCGACCGUGCGGGUGCUGAAGGGGGACCCGGCUGAGCUGUCCUGCACGGUCAGCAGGGACAACGUGACAGGAACCUGGUUUAAGGAUGGCCUAAAGUUAACAAGCAUGGAUGGAGUCGUAUUUGAAAAGAAAGGUCUUGUCCACAAACUGAUCAUCAACAAGGUUGAAGAUAUUCAUGCUGGGAAAUACAGGUUUGAAGGUGGAGAUGUAAAAACUGAAGCUUCAAUUUUUGUUGAAGAUCCUCCCCAGGUGGACAAAGUUCUCCUCAAGAACUUGACCAGUGUCCCCACGGUGGCCAAGGCCGGGGAGGGGGUGAAGCUGCGGAUCCCCUUUGAGGGUCGGGGGCCCAUCAGGGCGGCGUGGCUGAAGGACAGGAUGGAGCUGGGCGAUGACUCCAGGAUCCGUGUGGACAAGACAGACACCUGCACCACGCUGUCCAUCUCCAGCUGCGACAGGAGGGACUGUGGGGAUUACAAAGUCAGGCUCAAGAACGACAGUGGUGUCCUGGAGAUCAACCUAAAGCUCAUGGUGAUAGACAAGCCACAGCCUCCAGCAGGACCCAUCAAAGUUGUCGAAAGCUCCGCCAACAACAUCACAAUCCAGUGGAAGCCCCCAAAGGACGACGGGGGCAAACCAGUGCAAAGGUACCUCGUGGAGAGGCAGCAGGUGGGCAGGAACGACUGGGAGACUCUGGGAGAAACCCCCAGGAGCUGCACCAGCUUCACCACAAACAAAGUGGAGGAAGAGAUGAGCUACUACUUCAGGGUGAGGGCCAUGAAUGCCGAGGGAGUGAGUGAUGCGCUGGAGUCAGGGGAAGUGAAGGCUGCUGGUAAAGGCUCCCCUGGUGCCCCAGAUCGCCCUGAGAUCAUCAGUGCCAGCAAGGACACCAUCACCAUAUCCUGGAAAGCUCCUUGUAAAACCGGCACUUCCCAAAUUAAGGGAUACAUUGUUCAGAAACGCAAGAAGGGCACAGUGACCUGGCUGCCCGUCACCAACGCGCCUGUCAAAGACAAGAAACUGAAGGUGACAGGCCUCAAGAAGGGUGUGCAGUACGAGUUCCGUGUGGCAGCUGUCAAUGCUGCUGGCACAGGAGAGCCCAGUGACCCCUCAGAGCCUGCCUUUGCCCGGGACCCCACCAAAUCUCCGGGCCAAGUGCAGGACCUUAAAGUGAGCAGCAGUGACAGCACCAGUGUCACCCUGACAUGGAACAAACCUGAAGUACAAGACGGGAAUGACGUGAAAGGCUACGAGGUGGAGAUGAGGCCCUGUAACAGCCUCAGCUGGACCAAGUGCUUCACCCUCCCUGCCGGGAGCACCUCGUGCCGGGUGCAGGGCCUGCAGGCCCGGGAGAAGCUGUUCCUGCGCGUCCGGGCCCUCGGCGAUGGCGGCCCCGGGGAGGCCGCGGAGCUGGAGGCGUGUGCUGGAGCUGCGGCUGCUGCCCUGGUCCCUCCCAGGUUCCUGAUAGAUGACACAGUGAAAAGCUUCCUGCUUAUCAAAGCAGGGGAUCCCAUCCGGGUGAAGAUCCCCUUUGAGGGAUCUCCCGAGCCGGCGGUGACGUGGCUGAAGGACGGGCUGCCCCUGCCCGGCCGCGCUGCCGUGAGCACCGGGGAGGGGAGCAGCCGGCUCCUGCUGCGGGCAGCGGAACGCGGAGACAGCGGCACCUACACUGUGGAGCUCGGGGAUGGGCUGGGCAAGAGCGAAACCUUCAGCUUCCAGGUUCAAGUUACAGAUGUCCCUCAGCCCCCUGGAGCCAUCCAGCUGGAGGAGAAUGUCCCCAACACAGUGACAGUGACCUGGGAGCCCUCAGCCUCUGAGCAGUGGGAGAAGAACCUGUACUACACUGUCCUGAAACGGGAGUCCCAGAAGGGCCUGUGGCAUGUGCUGGGGGACCUGAUCUACAACAACAAGUUCACCUUCACCAGGGUGGUCCCAGGCAGGGAUUAUUACUUCAGGGUUGUGGCAAAAAAUGACGUGGGAGCCAGUGAUCCAUCAGAGACUGUGCAGCCCUGGAGGAUCUGGAAAAAAAAGGCUGAAUUUCGAGUGAAAGCACAGAAAUACAGGGGAGUUAACCAGAACCAGCCCCCGAGGUUCCUGGUGCCGCUGAAGUGCCACGUGGUGGUGACAGGCAGCGAGUGCCACAUGAGCUGUGCUGUGGGAGGCCAUCCCCCACCAAAAGUCACUUGGUACAAGGACAGCAGAGACCUCUCCAGAGAUCCCAACUACUUCUGCACCAACGACUUUGGCGUGUGCUCGCUGGUGGUGCUGGGGGUCACCAAGCAGGACGAGGGCGAGUACAUGGUGGAAGCCAGCAAUGAAGUGGGACGUGCCUUCAGCAAAGCCUUCCUCUCCAUCAAAGGUACUGCACUGCUGCUUCCCUGGCAGAUCCAGGGCUGUCACUGCUGCCCAGGGCCUCAGAAAUGGUCCCCAGCCAGCUCCACCUGCUGA